AUGAAACGGGCCCUCAAUUCGACGGCCUCGACGGCGUCGCUAAGCUCAAUGAACUCAUCUACACUCAACGUCACAGUACCACGCGAACAUCUACUAUUGUCAGACGUGUCCGUGGAGUCUUCAUCAUCGUUCACCUCAACACAAUCGCCUCACAUUCGCCUACAGAUCGACGACGUUCAGGAAACGCGAAAGAAACCGUCGCUAAAAGAAACCAAGUCAGCGUGGACGACGAUUGAUGCUACGAAUCAGAGGCUACGGUAAGGGUGGGGUGGUUUGGAUUUUUUUGGGGGGGGGGGGGGGGUGGUUUGGAAAAAUUUUGAAAUUUACACAUUUAUAAAAAUUUUUUAAACGUGGAAGGGAAGUUCUUGCGGUUUUUUGAAAAAUGAGUUUUGUAAAGAAAGUUCUUGCGGUUUUUCGAAAAAUUAGUUUUGUAAAGAAAAUUUUAACAACUUUUUCAAAAACCCUAAUUUUAGAGCUUGGCUCGACGUGGCCAGCCACCCCUGGUCCUUUAGCCGCUCAGCCUCAACGGAUCGACCCCUCGAGCCACGCCUAACACCCUCACCUCCCGAACUCCUCUACGACGUCUUCCUCGGCGGAUCCUGUGGCAACACGGUCUGGCGACGCGAACUCGUUAUUCCAUACCUACGAAAACGCUGCAUAUCCUACUACAACCCCCAACGACCAGCAUGGAAAGAGAGCAUGAUACACGAAGAGCAGAUUGCCAAAGAGAAUUCACGUUUGUUUUUGUUUGUACUAGAUCCCGGCACAAUUAAUGCCACUUCGUUCAUUGAAAUCGCUUACUUCGCGGCCAGAAAAGCACCAAAACUGGUGGUGGUCUUCUUGGGGCCAAGGGAAUGGAGCGACAAAGCACAUCCAAUGGAUCUACCGGACAGAAUUAGGACGGUGAAUUUGGUGGAAGCAAUUCUGAAGAGGCAUAAUGUCCCUAUGUUGACUUCGAUCACGGUAAGAAGAGGUUUUGAAUAAUUUUUGUCUUUAACUUGAGUUUCACCACGAAAACUUGAUUUUGUUGGCAUUGUGUUUAAGGAAAAUAUUUUGAGCAAAGAUUGAUGAAGGAUUCCAAUUAUAGUAUUUUUAAGAACAUUUUUGGCUAUUUUUACUGUAUUUGAAGAUUUAAAAAAAGGUCCCAGCACGAAAACAUUAUUUUCUUGGCACUGUGUUUAAAGCGGAAGUUUUGGAAAAAUAAUGUUUUAAAAUUGUAAAAAAGGGGAUUUUGGCCUUAAAGUUAAAAAUUUUUUGAAAAAUUGCAAAAAAUUUUUUUACAAAUUAAAUUUUUUUCCAAAUUUUAAAAUUGCCAUUUUCAGGAAGCCCUCGACUACGUGGACGAAAUCAUCAUUGGCGAAAAACCCUGGCGACAAGCAUUGUCCAACUCGCGACAACGAUUACCCUACAUUCAGGUGAAAGCCAAGAACGCCAUCAAAUCGACCGCCGCUCAAAUCAAACAAACGGUCGAAUCGGUCCAAGCCUCGGCUACAGUCUGGACGAAACGGAUCGCUGCUGUAGUGGGAAUGGAAAUCAUCUUAAUACUGGUUCUACUCGUCUUUCUACCUCACAAAAUACCAUUGUAUCUGUUGGUGGUACCAAUAGUCGGAGUCGACUAUAUUAUACUAGCCUUGUUGGUAUUGUACUUGAAAAUUAAGGUAAGCGGGGAAUUUUUUGGGAGUUUUGGGGAUGAUUUUGAUUUUAGUUGAGGUUUGUGUAGCGUUUGGAAUAUAUUUUUGAGCUUAAAACGGAAUGCCAAGAAAUUCAGGGUUUUCUUGGUGGGACCAAAAUUGUCUUUAAUUUCAUCAAUUUUACGUGUUUUCAACGUAACUAUGGUUUGUGACAUUCUUAAUUAGACCAAAAUAGUUGCAAAAUACUCUUUUUAACAUUUUCUUUAAGCACUUUUUUUGAACUUUGCUAUGUUCACUAUCAAAUUAUAAACAUUUGCGUAAAUGAACGUCAAACCCCAUUCAACUUUGAAGUUUGAAUAGGUCGUUCGCUUAUAAAAUGUUGAUUAAAAUCUCGAAAUGACGAACACGCACCCUCAAACACUUCGGACCUCAUUAAGCAUAUUGAAUCUCGAGUUUAUAAAUAUUUAAAAAGAGUGCGACAUUCGAUGUCAUGUGGCUUUAUAAAUAACAUAAAACGUCAUGAAGGGCUGCAAAUGGUAAUAAAAAGGGUUUGGGGUUACUGUAAGGUGGUUUGGAAGAGUUUUGGAGGCUUUUGGGCGUUUUUAAAAUUUUGAUUUUGGGUCUUAUCACGAAAGAUUGAUUUUUUUUAGCAUUGUGUUUCAAGUGAUUUAGUUGAUGAUUUCUUAGUUUGACAUUGUUUUUUGUGGGUAUUUAAGUCAUCGUUGGCAUUGUUUUGCUUUUUUGUUAUUACGAGUUUGGGUCCCAACACAAAAACCCUGAAUUUCUUGACAUUGAGUUUAAAUUGUUCAAUAUCAAAAAACUUUGCAUACCGUUUAAUUUAAAGCAUUAUGAAGCCACUUUUAAACCAAUUUUAAUUUCAGGCAAACCGAAAACGAGCCCAAUACAAGCGAAAACUGGUUAUCAACCCACCAAGCCUGCCAAGAACAACCCCAUCCUCAAUAACUGCCGCCUCAAGUGACGUAUCAUCACCAUCAACCAACUCGGUUGACGUGGGGCCUAUUCAGUCCGAAUCUAUGUGUUGUAAGUCGGGUUUUUGAAUGGGAUAUAGAGAUAUAGACUAUAUUGUUAUAGAUGUUUUUGUUAUAAUUGAUGAUUUUUGAGCUGUAUUGGUCAUUUAUUUGUGUUUUUUGUUUUCAAAUGACAUUUUAUUUGUGUGAGGGAUAUAAAAGAAUAUUUUUGUUGUUAAAUGAUGUUAUGGUGUUGGUUAAAAAUGGCAGGAAACGUCAUUUUUCGAUGGGGCAAAAGUAUGCAAAAAAGGAAAAAAAUGUUGUUUUAGGUAACAAGUUAGUCGAAAAUAAUAAAGAAUGGCAUUUUUCAGUAAAAACCGUCCAACCAAACCAACAACGACCGGUCGAACCCUUCUUCUACGACUCGAUCGAGAUGGUCGAUCAGCAGGUCCGACAACAUUACCAAGUCGAAAAACCAAAGAAACUAAAGGUGGAUAUGAAGGAACGACUGAAGCAGAAUGGAUGCAUGACUUCUCCAGUUGGCUACGAUGUGUUCUUGAGCUGUUCGUCCGGGUCCGAGCUGGACUGGAUCACGCAGAAGGCUGUGCCUCAGUUACAGUAAGCUUUCUUUAUGUUGUUGGAUUUUUUGAAAGGGGAGGGGGUGAAAAUUGUGAUUUUUGGGGUUUUGGAGGUAUUGAAGUCUGGAAUUUUGGAAAAUUUGAUUUUUAAACUUUUUUUCAUUUUAGGUAACAAAUUUCGAAAUUUUUGAUUUUUUUGUGUAUUUAGGUAACAAUUUUUAAAAUUUGUUAUUGUUUUUUGAAUUUUAGGUAACAAAAAUUAAAUUUUUUGAUUUUUUAGAAGUUUAGGUAACAGUUUUUGAAAAUUUAAAUUUUUUUAGGAUUUUAAAAAAGUUGAAAAUUUUUGAUUUUUUUGUAAAUUUUAGGUAACAAUUUUUAAAAUUUUGGAUUUUUUUUAAUUUUAGGUAACAAAAUUGAAAAUUUUACAUUUUUGUGAUAUUUAGGUAACAAAUCUUUAAAUUUUAGAUUUUUGUUAAAUUUUAGGUAAUAACUUUCAAAUUUCAGUAAAUCCACCCUCAGCUACACCUCAGCCAUAAUGUGUGACAAGGAGAUGCGAAUCCCCCUUCUUCACACCGCCUCUCACAUCCUCUACUACAUUCCAUCGUACCGUACCUUCCUGUCAGGCAUGAUCGAGAUCGCCUACUUCAUUGGGCACUCGGAUUGGCAAGUGACGGUUUGUGUACCAACUGAAGCCGAAUGUCUGGUACUGAUGAACGAGAACGACUACGAUGAGGAGACCAGACAAGCAGUGGAACGACGAAACCAAUGUUAUCAAAUGGCAUUUUGUUACCUAAAAGACAUGGCUCAUCGACGGGAAUGCAGGGUUUUCACCAAGUAAGUGAAGGAACUUUGUUUACAAGGGAAAGGAAGGGAGAACUUGUGGGUAGGGGAAGUAAUGGCAAGAACUUUAUUUACAAAGCCAAAAAUGGCAAGAACUUUCUUUACAAAAGAUAACAUGGCAAGAACUUUCUUUACAAAACAAAAAUGGCAAGAACAUUUUUUACAACGCAAAAAAUGGCAAGAACUUUCUUUACAAAACAAGAAAUGGCAAAAAUUUUCUUUACUGUUUAAAAAAUGGCACGUUUUUAAGAAUGGAAGUCAAUUGGAAGAUUUCUAAUGUAAUUUGCACUGAAAAUCUUCCACUCAAAUUUCAUUUUUUGAAAAAUUGAAAGUUGGUAUUUUUGAAUAAAAAUUGAUGUAUAUUUCAAUUUUAAGAUUGUUUUACAGUUUUAAACUAAGAAAUGGCAUUGAAUGUAGGUAUGAAAAAGUGUUUCACUUCCUUAUUUUGUCAUAAAUCCUCGGAUUAGCGGGGAUUUUUACGGUUUCUACGGAAUUUAUUAUCAGUUGUGAUUAGGAUUAACAUCACGGGACUAUUUUUUUUCGUUUUUAAAAUAAUUUUGAAAUUUUUGAAAAAAAAAUUUUUUUUGUAAUUUUAAUUUUUUAAUUUUUUUGAAAAUUUUUCUAAUUUAAAAAAAAUUGAGCUCUAUCCAACAACAUUUGAAAAGGUCGUAUUUUACAAUAACUCCCCUAUUUUUAGUGUGGAAGAAGCAGUCAAGCACAUUGCUGCCGUCUCCCAGCUGGAACGUCAAGAACAACAAGAACAGACAUCAGAACAACCAAACAAGAAGCGUGCCGUGCUUCGAACUUUGAUGGAAAAACAACAUUUGGUCAAGGAGAAGACCCAAGCCAAUCUAUUGGCUCAUCGUUCAGCCGUAAUCGCUGCUGCCACCGCCGCGGCGAACGCUUCGCCGAAGAAUAGGAGUUGA